AUAAGUUAGGAGUCAGGAGGAAGAUAACGAGGUUUGAGAUAGUUCUGAGAGGCUAGAGAUGUAAAAUCGAAUCUGAGGGCUCAAAGCACUUGGAGAAAUCUGGAAAAGAUGCCCCCAGGAGGAACAGAAGAGACUGUCACUGCUUGAUAUAGUGACCAAGUGGCUCGGACAAGGACUAGGGGCUGCCUGUGGGAUGGCAUACACUGGCAAGUACUUGGACAAGGCAAGCUACCGCGUAUACUGCCUCCUGGGAGAUAUGGAGUCCUCGGAGGGCUCCGUCUGGGAGGCCUUGGCCUUUGGAGCCCACUACGGUCUGGACAAUCUCGUGGCGAUCUUCGAUGUGAACCGCCUGGGUCACAGCAGUUCCUUACCCCUUGAGCAAUGCAUCGACACCUAUCAGAAACGCUGUGAAGCCUUUGGGUGGAACACUUAUGUGGUGGAUGGUCGUGACGUGGAAGCACUGUGCCAGGUGUUCUGGCAGGCGGCUCAGGUGAAGAAUAAGCCCACAGCUGUAGUUGCCAAGACUUUCAAGGGCCGUGGGACCCCAAGUAUUGAGGAUGCAGAAACUUGGCAUGGAAAGCCAAUGUCAGAGGAGAGAGCAGAUGCAAUUAUCAAGCUGAUUGAGAGCCAGAUCCAGACCAAUAGGAAUCUCGAGCCUAAACCACCUAUUGAAGAUUCACCCCAGAUCAACAUCUCGGAUAUCGAAAUGACCUCUCCCCCUCUUUACUCCUUUGGAGAGAAGAUAGCUACUCGGAAGGCCUGUGGGAUUGCUCUGGCUAAACUGGGCCACGCAAAUGAUAGAGUUGUCGUGCUGGAUGGUGACACCAAGAACUCCACUUUCUCAGAGCUCUUCAAGAAGGAACACCCUGAACGCUUCAUUGAGUGUUUCAUUGCUGAGCAGAACAUGGUUAGCGUAGCACUGGGCUGUGCCACACGUGGUCGAACCAUCGCCUUUGCCUGUUCCUUCGCUGCCUUUUUGACCCGCUCAUUUGAUCAAGUCCGCAUGGGGGCCAUCUGCAACUCCUGUGUCAACAUCGUGGGCUCUCACUGCGGGGUGUCCGUGGGGGACGACGGCCCUUCCCAGAUGGCCCUGGAAGACCUGGCCAUGUUCCGAACCAUUCCCAACUGCACUAUUUUUUACCCAAGCGACGCUGUCGCCACUGAGUACGCUGUGUUCCUGGCAGCCAUUACCAAGGGGAUCUGCUUCAUCCGCACCAGUCGCCCUGAGAUGGAUGUUAUCUACACCCCACUGGAGAACUUCAAAAUCGGACAGGCCAAGGUUGUGCGCCACAGUCAGGAGGACAAGGUCACAGUUAUUGGAGCUGGAGUGACUCUUCAUGAAGCCUUGGAGGCAGCUGACAUUCUCAGCAAAAAUGGGAUUGCUAUCCGUGUCAUCGACCUGUUCACUGUUAAGCCCCUGGAUUCCAUGACCAUCAUCAGCAAUGCCAAGGUCACUGGGGGCCGGAUCAUCACCGUGGAGGACCACCACCCUGAAGGUGGCAUCGGAGAGGCAGUGUGUGCAGCCGUCUGCAUGGAGCGUGACAUCAUAGUCCAUCAGCUGGCAGUGUCCGGGGUGCCUCCGAGCAGAAGAAUGGGUGAGCUGCUGGACUUAUGUGGAAUCAGCGCUAAGCACAUCGUUGCAGCUGUGGAGUACCUUCUGAAGCCCAUCUAAUGGCCAGGCCACCUGCGCGUCCGUCUAAGGCUUAGUUACACUGUAUGGUUCUAAUAGAAAAUCCAGUUUGCUCCCUUGUUUUCCUUAGUAGACAUAUUUCUGUAGAUGGUCAUCACUGUCCUUGUUGUGUACAACUUUUAAAUGACACCAGAAGAUGAGAUUCGAGUUCAGUAGGCCGCACUUUUGCGAGAAGAGUUUUGUAAAUGUAUGUUUUGUGUGCGAGUUGAAGACUGUGCAAGUGGAGUUGGGGCCCCCAGAAUCCGAGCGGUGAAGCUCCAGCCCAAGCUCCUGGGCUGUCCUUGUCCUGGUGCCCCGGCCGCCCUCCUACCUGCAGCUUUCCCACUGCUGUGUGACUGCACUGGCCCUGACUGCAUCUCCUCUCUGCUGUCCGGCUGGUCAGCAAGAGUGUGGUCAGGGUGUUCUGAGCUGCUUAUGGUCACUGGGAUGUGAAGAGAAGAUGUCCAUUCCAGGCCUCCACACACUC